AAGAGACCCCUCCACCACAGCCCAAGCCAACUGUGCCCCAGACCUCUGAUGCCCCUCUGGGAGGCAGCCGCUCCUGGGCCAACAGCAAACAGUCUGGGCAGCUGGAUGGAGCUCCUCGGAUGAGCAGUCAGUUCCAUCAGGAGUUUCCGAGUCUGCAGGCGGCAGGUGAGGCGGAGAAAUCAGGCGAUCAGGAAGAUGAACCCUACGGGCCGGGCCCCAGCCUCAGGCCUCAGAAUGUGGGUAGCUGGCGGGAAGGUGGAGGCAGGAACUUAAACGUUGCUCCCAGCCCCUCAGAGACUGAUGGUAAGCCCUCUGAGGAGUCAGGUGUGGGUCGAGGCACACCAUCUCCCUCGGGGGACUCCGAUGAGGCAGGGAAACCCUCUGCUGGGGAGGGCAAAGAAAGGAGAGAUGCCAGAGACAGGCUCCCACCUACUGCCACUCAGCAUAAACUCAAUGGUGGCCAGCAAACAGCGAAAGGAAUGUCAUCUCAGUUCCAAGCUGCCCAGUUCAGGAGCAUGAUGCCGCCGUAU